AUGUGCUACGUGGGAAAAGCAACAAAGAUCUUCAUCUUCAUCGUCACUGCUCUCGUUAUUACUGGUCUCAUCUUAGGAUUUGGCGUCUUACGCCGUCACCACAACAACAAAUGCUCCGAUCAAUCUUGCGGUUCUUUUCCGCCGCCGAAUUUCAACUCUCCUACUCCUCCUUUUACUCUUAACAACCCUGUCAGUAGUAAUCCACCUAAUCCUCCGGCAGAAUCACAAUCUCCACCAGUGAUUACAAAUCCAACUCCUCCUCCUCCUCCUCCUCCGCCCUCGCCUGAAUCCAGCUCCAAUCCAACUUCGCCUCCUCCUCCUCCUCCUCCGCCGUUGGUGCAAUCACCGCCGAGUGUGGCGGAGCCGCCUAGUACGCCUACAACGCCUGGUUCCGCGCUUGUGACUCCAGGUCCUGUACAUUCUAUUUCCUAG